UUUUACGACAUUCACGUCUGCCCAUGUGCUGAUGCAACCGGCCUGUCAGACUUGGACUAAGUAAAUAAAUAGCUGGUUUGAGCGUAAUACUUGCAUCAUUAUUCAUUAAUUGUUGACAGUAUCAUGACUGAGGUAUCAGACGAAGUACAAAAGAUGAGCCUAGGUGAAAUAUACACGUCCGACAGCACUGGAUCAGAUGAAACUGGUGAUGGGACAGCAGAAAAGCCUUUCAAAUCUGUCCUUCAGGCAAUGAAGCAUGCAGGGAAAGAGCCGUUUCCAACCAUAUAUGUUGAUGGGAAAGAAGAAGGCAAGAAGUUUGAAGUGGCAGCUAAGGCACAGUUGAAAAAAUGUCAGAAAAUCUGGCAGAGAGACGCAAACAAGGCUGCAGACCGAGCUAAGAAAGAUGCUGAAGACGCAGAGCGUAGAGAGAAAAAUCUGGAGGAAGCGAAAAAGAUAGUUAUAACACAGGAUGCCAGCUUACCCAAACCUACAGAGAUUAAGAUUCGGGACUCAACAGCCAAUAGGAACACUCGUGUAAAGAUUUAUGGGUGGGUACAUAGAUUAAGGAGGCAAGGAAAGAAUCUCAUGUUUAUUGUGUUAAGAGAUGGUACAGGAUUUCUACAGUGUGUGUUUACAAACACUUUGUGCCACACGUAUGAAGCGCUGACGCUGGCAACAGAAGCUGCCAUCUGUAUAUAUGGAGAGAUAAAAGAGCUGCCAGAGGGAAAAACUGCACCUGGUAACCACGAAAUGACGGCUGAUUUCUGGGAACUGAUCGGCGAUUCUCCAGCAGGAGGGGCAGAUAACUUGCUCAACGAAGAGGCACACGUCGAUGUACAGCUGGAUAACAGACAUAUGAUGAUCCGUGGAGAAAACACAUCUAAAGUAUUAAAGAUGCGAUCUGUUGUGAUGCAUUGUUUCCGCGAACAUUACUUUGAUCGAGGGUAUUUUGAAGUUACCCCACCCACUCUAGUACAGACACAAGUAGAGGGCGGAGCUACGUUAUUUAAACUCAACUAUUUCAGUGAAGAGGCAUAUCUGACCCAGUCAUCACAGUUGUAUCUCGAGACGUGUCUACCGUCUAUGGGAGACGUUUUUUGUAUAGCUAGCUCGUACAGAGCUGAACAGUCUCGUACCAGACGACAUUUAGCAGAGUAUACUCAUAUAGAAGGAGAGUGUGCAUUUAUAACAUUUGAUGAUUUGCUGAACCGUUUAGAAGACCUGGUGUGUGAUGUUGUCGAUAGAAUACUGAAGUCACCUUACGGUCAUAUAGUCAAAGAACUUAACCCGGACUUUAAACCUCCAAAGAGACCAUUCAGAAGAAUGGCGUAUACAGAUGCCCUAGUCUACUUAAAAGAAAACAACAUCACAAAAGAUGAUGGUAGCUUUUAUGAAUUUGGAGAUGACAUACCAGAGGCACCUGAGAGGAAGAUGACAGAUAUGAUUAAUGAACCAAUCUUACUGUGUAAGUUCCCCGCAGAAAUCAAGUCUUUCUACAUGCCAAGAUGUAAAGAUGACAGGCGACUUACAGAAUCGGUUGAUUUAUUGAUGCCAAAUGUAGGGGAGAUAGUUGGAGGAUCUAUGAGGAUAUGGCAAUAUGAUGAGUUGAUGGAGGGCUUUAAACGUGAGGGAAUAGAUACCACAAACUACUACUGGUACACUGACCAGAGAAAGUAUGGCAGCUGUCCACAUGGAGGUUACGGUCUCGGACUGGAGAGAUUUAUAUGCUGGAUACUAAACCGAUACCAUAUUCGCGAGGUGUGUCUGUAUCCACGAUUCGUUGAAAGAUGUAGGCCUUAAACAAGUCGGGUACCAGUCAACCAGACCAAGGGGAACCUAUAUUGUACAGAUAUAUUUAAGAAAUAGUGCUGAAUGGAACAAAAAUCUUGUGACUGUAGCCUUGGACAUCUUUAUCGUAAUGAAGAAGUCUUUUAAAUUGCCAACGUUAAACAUUUCUAAUUAAAUGUGUGCAAUUGAGCUAUUUUAGUCUCGUAUUUAAAUUCAAAUUGUAUAUGAAUUAUCGAAAAAUGUAUCGCAAGAACUGAGUGAUGAUAAACUCAAGUUACUUGACCUUUGACGUAGCAAGAAAAAAACAUUUUUCUCCUUUUUUUUCAAAUAAUUUUUUUUCUAGAAUUAAUAAUAAAUGAUUAAAUGUUACCAGAAGAUCUAGCAAAUAUAUUUUUUUUCAAGCAGAAGUUCAGUCUACAUGUAUAUAUGAGCAAGAUCAGUACUGGUUCCCGGUAUUAUAGUGGUGUAGGGGAAACAGCUUAUUGUCUUUUCUUGUCGGGUUUAUUUGUUUUUUGAUGAUUCAAUGUCUGCUUCCAGGGAGAAUCUAUCAUAAUCAAGUCUUUAUUUAUUUUUGUUAUACAACAUUUUCUUUAUCAUUUCCCUACACAAAGUGCUAGAUGUUGUUUCUUCAUGUUUCAUCAUACAAAUAUGUAUGUAAUUAAAACUUGCACAACAGUAAGAAAAAAUGGCAUUUCCAUUUAGUUAAAAAAAUAAUGAGAAACUAUUGAGCUACAGUCUGUUUUUUUCAUUCACUUUAGUGUACUUGGUGCUUAUUUAGAUUAUGUAGGAAGUUUCCCAUUUAAGAUUAAAUAUUACGUUAUUAAUUAUAAUAAUCUUAUGAUUUUUUUUAACCCAGUAUUUUGAGAGUUUAGAGCGAAAUUGGUCUAUCUGCUUCUAUUUCUAUAUAAAGAUGGACCAGUUUUGCUGUACGCCCUUGAUUUAAUAAAUAUGAUAUCUAUAUAAUGUAUUUAUAAUAUUUCUUGCACAGGUCAUGUUUAGGACUUUGUAGUUUUUCAAGCAAGGCAAGUAAAUCGAUAACUUAACAUAAAGAAUAGACUGUUACUCUGAUCCAACUUUCUUUGUUAUAUAUACCAUUUUAUUAAUAUUUCAAUAAAGAUCCAUGACAAAACAUUUAGGUUUUAAUUCUUUAAAUAAAUCACAAAAUUCCAAAAGACGUGACCAGAAUGACAAAAAUGUCAUGUAACAUGAUAUUCCUUACUGUAAAGUUGACACUUAACCCUAAAACAUUGUAAAAUUAGGAAAAAGAUACAGUGUAUCAGUUUUGAGUACACUGUUGUAGAAUAAUGCUUUGAGUUCAAAUGUGUAGUAAUAUAAUCACGAAGGCCGAAUAAUUAUACUAUAAUGCACGAACAAUUAAAUAUCUAUUUCCAUUCUAACAUUCUAAAAUGUUGAACUACAUUGAGCAUAAAAGUUGUUUGCAUGACAUCAUUUGAUUUAAUGAUGUCAUAUAUGACGUCAUAUGGCAUGUUUGCAUUCCUUUUUAUAUACUGUGCAUAUAUCGUGUAAUAAUGCACAAGUUUGUCCUUUCUGUUUGAUAGGGGAAUGAUGUGAAACUUGUUAGAAUGAACUUUUAAUACUUUGAAUUUAGUUCUGUCAGUGAGCAAUUAUAACAUAAUCACAAUUAAAAUUUGAAAGUUACUCUGUUGUUCAUUUUAGUUUUAGCAUUCUAAGAUUAGAUGUUGUUAAAGAUUUUAAAUCUUAUGUCUUUUUUAUUAACAUUUAUUAAGUGUUUUAUAUAUAUAUA